GCAUGUUGCAAGGUGAACGGACUCACCAUGUGGACUCUUGUGGUUCUUUGCAGCGUGAUCGCCUCAUAUGGCGUGCAAGGUGAUAACUGGUGGACGACACUUGCUCAACCUGAGGAAACAGUAACUUCAGAUCCAUCAUGUGGUGGCUACCUGCAUUCGAGCAGUGGCACUUUCUACAGCCCUGGCUAUCCAGACAAUUACCCGGAUAAUUCAGAGUGCAUAUGGUACCUCAGAUUUGGAAGUGGAAUUGUGCAGCUGAACUUCCCCUUCAUAUCCAUUGAGGAUCAUCCUAGCUGCAUAUAUGAUGCCAUUUACGUCUAUGAUGGCUUCAACACCGCUUACAGGCUUCUGGGGACGGUGUGCGGCAACACCACCGCCACCUUCCACUCCACCGGUGUUUACAUGACCGUGCGUUUCAAGAGUGACAGUAGCAUUAGCUCCUCAGGAUUUCGUGCUGACUACCGAGUUGUGGCUCAAGGUUCCUGCAGGUACAACUGUGGCUACCAGGUUGGAACCUGCUCUUGCUCUUCAGGCUGUGAAUACAGAGGAAACUGUUGUUCAGACUAUUAUGAUUACUGCCCGGCAUCGACUAUGGAACCAGACGCCACCACAGGUGAUAACUGGUGGACUGUAGAUGACGUCGUCACAGAUCAACCCUCAUGUCGUUACAACUGUGGCAGUCACAUGGGAAGCUGCUCCUGUUCAAGCUCCUGUCAAUACUAUGGCAACUGUUGCCAUGACUACUACUAUGAGUGUUACUACACGACGACUACGGAAACACCCAGCACCACAGCUGAUAACCGGGAGCCUACACAUGACUACUUCACAGAUUUUUAUCCCUCAUGUCGUUACAACUGUGGCAAUCACAUGGGUCUCUGCUCCUGUUCAAGCUCCUGUCAAUACUAUGCCACCUGUUGCCAUGACUACUACUAUGAGUGCCCGGCAUCAUCUAUGACACCAGAAGUCACCACAGAACAGCCCUCAUGUCGUUACAACUGUGGCAAUCACAUGGGAAGCUGCUCCUGCAGAAGCUCCUGUCAAUACUAUGGAAACUGUUGUCCUGAUUACUACGAUGAGUGUUACUACACGACGACUACGGAAACACCCAGCACCACAGGUGAUAACUGGUGGACUGUAGAUGACGUCGUCACAGAUCAACCCUCAUGUCGUUACAACUGUGGCAGUCACAUGGGAAGCUGCUCCUGUUCAAGCUCCUGUCAAUACUAUGGCAACUGUUGCCAUGACUACUACUAUGAGUGCCCGGCAUCAUCUAUGACACCAGAAGUCACCACAGAACAGCCCUCAUGUCGUUACAACUGUGGCAAUCACAUGGGAAGCUGCUCCUGCAGAAGCUCCUGUCAAUACUAUGGAAACUGUUGUCCUGAUUACUACUAUGAGUGUUACUACACAACGACUACGGAAACACCCAGCACCACAGAUCGCACAUCAUGUGGUGGUUACCUGUAUGGCUACAGUGGAAGUUUUACCAGCCCAAACUAUCCGUCUGCAUACCCACACAAUACAGACUGUAUCUGGUACAUCAGACCAGGAUACUCAGUCAUUCGGCUGCAGUUCUCUUAUGUCAACAUGGAGGUUUGUUCAAAUUGUGUUUGUGAUUCGGUUUCCAUCUACGAUGGCUCCAGCAUCAGCAGCAGUCUUCUGGGGAAGGUGUGUGGCAGGAACACUGCCACUUUCUACUCCACCGGUCCUUACCUGACUGUGCAUUUCAGGACUGACAAUAGUGUUAGCUCCUCAGGAUUUCGGGCUUUCUACGAAGUUGUGGAUUACUUCAGCACUGAAAGCCCUGUCACAGCACCCCCCUGUGGAGGAGAUCUGUUUGGCUCUGGCAAUUUCACCAGCCCGAGCCACCCCUCCUUCUACCCAGACAACGCCUACUGCAUCUGGCGUCUUAGAGCUUCAAGUGACCAAAGAAUCUUCCUGGCAUUCACGUACAUGCAAUUGGAGAACUGCUGUGAUUGUGACUACAUUAAAGUCUAUGAUGGAUCGUCGUAUAUGGGGACAGUGUGCAACAACAGCUUGGCUACUUUCCACUCUUCUUCCAACUCCAUGAAUGUGGUCUUCCGGAGUAAUAGAGGUGUGGUUGCCCGAGGCUUCAAAGCAGAGUUCAUAAGCUCUCUGCCAGCGAGCUCAGGUCAGGUUAGCUGUUCCUCAGACAACAUGAACAUUGUGGUUCAGAGGUCUUACCUGAACUCUCUCGGCUACGACGGCGACAAUCUUUACCUGAAUGACGAACGCUGCAGACCCCAGAUUUCCAGUUCUCAGGUUGUCUUCAGGUUCCCGAUCGAAAGUUGUGGCAACGAUAAAAAGAUUGAGAAUGGCAGAGUCGUGUACACCAACACUCUCCGGGCCGACACCUCCAGCUACGGAGAGAUCACACGCCAGGUUCACUUGAAGCUGAACGUGGCCUGUCAAAUGGAUCAGGACUCAGUGUCCCAGAUCAUGUACCUUGUUGAACAUCUUGGUAACAGCAGCAUUGUGGGCACAGGCAAAUUCAACACCAGCAUGAACUUCUACACAUCCAGCAGCUUCUACUACCAGGUGACUCAAGUGCCAUACAAGGUGACGCUCAACCAGAACUUGUAUGUCCAAGUGGAUCUGAGCAGGCAAUCGAGCAAUCUGGUCAUCUUCCUUGACACCUGCGUGACAUCACCAUCACCCCAUGACUUCGAGACCAGAUCGUACUACCUGGUCCGUAACGGAUGUCCCGUGGACAGCACCUUCAGGCCCUACUACACUGGCCUCCGUCCCUAUGCCCGUUUCACAUUUAGGGCCUUCCAGUUCCUGCGAGCCGCAGAGUCGGUGUACAUCCAGUGCAAGGUCCUGAUAUGCCCAGCCUCUGACAGCAAUUCCCGCUGCCACAAUCCGCCUAACUGCAGAACGCGUGUGGCCAGAGACCUGGGGACAGAACACGACAGCCAAACUCUGGUCCUGGGUCCCAUCCAACUCAGAGCCUCUGAGAAAAAGGAAGAAGGGGCUAAGGAGCAGGACGAGGCUUAAGCAGACACAGCAAUGAGCUGCAUCAUAUUUACCAAUCAUCACUACCAUUCUGUUCACUGUCACACCUAACUAUAAUAAACCUCUCUUCUCUCUUCAUCAUUACCUGAUUAAAAAGACAGCAUCAAAAGACAA